AUGGAGAAGGCCAGCUCCCCCGCUGUUCCCCUCAACACAUCUGGAAAUGGCAGCAGAGGGCAGCCAGGGGUGGCCUCACACUCCCCCUUGGCCUUGGCGCUCAUCCUGCUGGCCGUGCUCUCCAUCAUCCUGGCCAUGCUGCUGGGCAACGUGCUGGUGGUGGUGGCUGUCUUCACCAGCCGGGCCCUCAAGGCCCCGCAGAACCUCUUCCUGGUGUCUCUGGCUUCAGCCAACAUCCUUGUGGCCACCCUCAUCAUCCCCUUCUCCUGGGCCAACGAGCUGCUGGGCUCCUGGGGCUUCGGCAGCCUCUGGUACAGCCUCUACCUGGCACUGGACAUGCUCUUCUGCACCUCCUCCAUCCUGCACCUGUCUGCCAUCAGUCUGGACCGCUACUGUGCUGGCAGCUGGUGCUGCAACCUGGGCUUGCACCAGCCGCCCUGCCACCGUGACAGGGAGUGA